AUGUUGUGCUUUUUUGUGGUCACAAAGUUGCUUAUGCUCAAACUACUUCUCGCCAGCAUAUCCGGUUUACACGCUUACGAUUUCGGUUAUCAUCCGAGUGCCGAGGAAUUCGAUACUUUUGUGCGCGAAACGAAACGUACGUGGACGCGUGAUUUGCUCGCCAACGAGCACCGGCGUGCGUGGAACGUGAAACCACCCUUUCAUGAUGGCACCGGCAACUUUGUGCCAAAAUAUAACUAUGAUACAACGCGUUUACAAAGCGCAACAAAACAGACCACAUCCUGGCCAGGAUAUGUGCAGCGUGUCGGUCGGCCACAACAGCAUCGCUAUGAAUCGCCCAGCGUGGCUGCUGCAGCGCAUGCGUUGAACGGCAAUGCAGUCAGCUCGAGCUUGAAUUUUAAUAUGUUUAGUGCGGAGCAACAAAAUGUGGGCGUGGGGGAAGUAAAUGCUGCAGAAUUGCCGGAAGUGUUUAAUCAAUUGCGGCCAAUUGCAACGCAGCAUAAUUUUAAUCGGUCUUCUUUUGCCCGACCACAGCAAGCGAUCAAGCAAACGCUAAGCAGCAUCAUUGAAAUCGCCUCCUCGGCUGAGUCGCAAAAACAGCCUUCGAAAUUCAAUCAAAGCCUGGAUGGUAACUACACGAAUCAUACUGACACGCAAUUUCCCAUAUACUUCUCCAAUCCCGCCACUGGUAUUAUCUAUGCGAUCACUGAAGUUGGACAUGUGCCGGAUAUCGCCAAUAAGUCGCCUUCUACCAACGACAGCAUUACGAUGUAUAUCACGAAACAGCAAUACGACCGCGACUUAUAUCUCCAGCGCAAAUACUAUGAAAAUAAUUGUCAUGCUUUUCCAGGCGCAGCUACGACAAAUGGUUAUACCACGUCAAUGAACGCUGCUUCGCCGUCGAAUACUACAACUCGCCCACAGAUAAUACGUUUACGAAGACCCUCAAUAUCUACCACUAAAUCACCGAACGCGAAGUUAACCACACAUCUACACAAGCCGCCACCUGUUAUGGUCCAAACCGAAUUGACGAUCAGUGAUCAAAUCCAAUUACCGACGCGUAAGCACAAAACCAAGGUCAAACAUAAAAAUAAAAAGAAGCCAAAUAGACCGGGACGGAAGCCUAAUACACGAAAAACUAAUGCUACUGAAGCUGGGCUGCCUCAAAUAAUCAGAGGGGUGCGCGUAUCAACAGCAAAGCCGCCAACAAGCACCGAGAAGCAACAAGUUGCUACACAGCUGGAGAAACCGAACUACAUAGGAACGGUGUUCAGCAAGAGUUCUGUUAAAUCCAUGGCUAGCGACUCGAGUCUGUUAGCGAACGGCGAUGUGUCUGUGGAGCAUCGUAUUCGUAAACGUUCCGUGACUAACAUACGUGCUUAUAUGGACCAAGCGCAGAAUACGACAAUGAUCGGCAGAUUCCUCGCGAGUCAGGCUGCUUUAAACCCGACUAACGAAAGAAAAAAGACUGAAACAAACUAUGGGCCAACGAGAAGGAUAGCAAAACGACUCCGAGUGAAAAAGCGCCGUCCAAAGUUAGGGAAUCUCACUGAAAUUCACACUUUACGCAAUAGCGCAUCCAAUCGCACCAAUUGGAGGGUAUUGAAGCAGUCUAAGCGCAAAACUAAUUCCACUGGCAUAAAAAACAUGGAAGCAAAUAAGGUUUUGACCACAAAUCAAACACUUAACUACAACACUACUACGGAGUUACCGCAAGUGGUGCUCGGCAGUUCAAGAAAAUUAUCUAAGAAAAGGAAAACGAAAAAUAAGAAAGAAAAGGAGGAAAAGAGAAGUGAGUUCGAUUUCUUCGGCUUUGGCGUUGAUGAAGAUGACGACGAUGAGGACGAACGUCACGAAGAUGGCGAUGACGAUGACAACGAAGAUGAAGAUGAUGACUCGUAUGAGGACGAGGAAGAGGCUUACUAUGAAUAUGAACCAACUAGCGCGAAAACAGCAAAGCGGAAAAGACAUAAACAGCAUAAGCAGCAAAAAAAUUCUGAAAGUUUUGAGGAAACAGAGGAUUAUACGGAAGAAACAGCAGAACAAACUACAGAUAAUCACUCGACCAACUCGAUCGUAAUAGAUGAUGGCAGCUCAGCUGAGUCAGGUGCAGACUUUGGUGCAAUGGAAAUAGAGGAAAAUGUCUUAAUAAGUCCACCAACUAUAACCACAACCACAACUACAACCACCAAAAGACCAAACACCAAAGCCAGCAGCAAGAAACGCAUACGCCGCCGUCCAUCUUCCAAAGAUAGCUCAGCAUCCUACGAAGAUUACGAGUAUGAUGACGAUGGUGGUGGUGGCAUUGGUAACUUUUUUCGCAUGAUCUUCUAUCCGGUGCAAGUGCUAAUGAAUGGUAUGGCCGAAAAUAUUGGUAGUAAAGAGUCAGAAGAGGAACAAUUUUCGUAUCCUACCUACACUACAUAUAACAAUGGCAUACAGCCGAUUGAGAGUUAUGAGGAUGACGAGGAAGAACAGUCGAGCUCAUUAGCCAGUUGGUUCAGCUCGUGGUUUGGCUUUAAUAGGCGCACAAAGAAUAUUGGCAGCACAACACCAUUACCGCCGCCACGACCACCACCACCUGCUACUGAAGCGCCAAGUUGGUUUGAGUCUUGGUUCAACUUUGGCAAUAAACCAGCGGGCGUGACUGAGGAACCAAGUGAUAAUGAUAAAUGGUUCUUCGGUUGGUUUGAUUCGAAACCGAAACGACGACGCAAGGCAACUACCACUACAACCACAGUGCGUACACCAGCGGCACAAGUACCAAUUUUGACAAUCGUCGAUCCGCUCAAAAAUCCGCAAAAUUGGAUUGGCAUUCUGGCACAUCACAUAAUUAAUUCCACCUCUGCGGCAGUCACCCACAAUCCCAUAAUGAAUGCAAUGGCACAAGCCACUCCCAAUCCGGAUGUACCACGAAAAGUAACAUACGAUAGAUAUCAGAUUUGGCGACUGAAGCCACUGGACGAUACGCAAGUGCAUGCCUUGGAAGAGUACAAACGGAGCGAGGAUGGCAUUAAACUGCAGUGGCUGAAGGGGCCUACUUUAAGAGGUCUAACGGAUAUUCUAGUGCCACCAAAACAAUUGCUCGAUUUUGAGGCCAGUCUCAGCUUUGAAUCGAUCGCGCAUGAAGUGCUCAUUUACGAUGUUGGCAAGGCAAUUGCAUACGAGCAGGCACAAGAACAAUUUCACUUCAAUGCCGCCAUGCGACCGCAUAAGAACAAUAGGCACCCACAGAAGCAGCAAGCGAUCAACAUGUCAUGGCAUAAAUACUAUGAAUAUGAUGACAUUAUAACACAUUUGGAAAUGUUACGCAUGCGUCACCCACAGCUAAUCGAGUUGAUACACAUUGGUCGCUCAUAUGAAGGACGGCCAUUAGUGGUGGUGAAAAUCGAGUCAAAAGAGCACGCCGCUAGUGUGGCUACUCAAACGCAGGUGGCCCAGAAAAAGUUGAAGAGCAAAAAACAACCGAAAGAGGCAAAUUCUGUGUUCAUUGAGUCGGGCACCCAUGGCCUAGAAUGGAUUGGACCGGCCACAUCGCUUUGGAUGAUCACUGAACUGUUGCGGCUGAUCAAAAGUAACAAGACAACCACCGAUAACGAGUACAUAAAAAAUACCACUUGGUAUUUUAUGCCCAUUCUCAAUCCCGAUGGCUAUGUGUAUAGUCACAAGUACGAUCGUUUCUGGCGGAAAACACGCUCACGGCAUAUCGCACGCCGCAAUGGAAUCAUCGAUUCGGCAAUGACAUGGCUGCAGCAGAAGAAGGCAGCAACACGCGUCUGUCAUGGCGUGGAUUUGGAUCGUAAUUGGCACUAUCAGUGGGGCAAACGGGGUAGUUCGAAAUCGCCGUGCAACGAGUUUUACGCAGGACCAGGUCCGUUUUCGGAACCCGAAUCUAAAGCGCUGUCCGAAUUUCUAAUUGAUUAUCGCAAACAGAUAAAGAUGUACAUUUCAUUGCAAUCAUAUGGCCAGAUUAUUUCAUAUCCUAUGAAAGCGAACACUUCAUUCAACGCCGAACGCAUUGACGACUUUCUCGACGUGGCCAUGGUGGGAACGGAUGGCUUGCGUAAGCAAGGCAGCAAAUCACGCUAUAAGAUUGACUCAACUAGUGAUCUGGUGGAAAAUCGAUCUGGUUGUUCCGAUGCAUUUGCCGCUUAUGAAGUUGGCAUACCCUUCAGUUUCACUAUUCAAUUGGCCGACAAUGGAGUGCAUGGCUAUCUGCUGCCCAGCGCAUCGAUAGAGCCAACCGCACGUGACGCUUUCGAAAUAAUUACGGCGAUGGUUGAUUAUAUUUGAUAAAGCAAUCGAGUCAAAUGGAUUAUCUAGAACUUGAAGA